AUGGCAUUAUCGAGUCAAAGAAACAAAACUUUGCUUCUCGGGAUGUGGAUUUUUUUCUGUGUGGUUUAUGGCCAAAGCGAAGGUAAGCAAUGAGUUAGAAAUUGUUUAUUUAAAGAAGAUAUAUCUUUCUAGAAUGACUUCCGUUCUUUCUCACUUUAGCUCCCCAUAUAGAGGUUUACUUUACUUAAAUGGCUUUUAGCUGACUCGAGAUGAAUGAAAACGCAAAGCUUUGAGUGCGAUAUUCGCCAAGAUGCUACCAAUUAUCUUGUCUAAAAUCUACGCAGAUAGAAGCUCUGUUAAUUCUGAAGGCACUUCAACAAAUUAUUUGAGGCGAUUUCGCAAAUCAAGGCCUUCGUGAAUUUGAUAAUUUUGUAAACAAUACUUGACUACUUCGAACGCAAACAGUGUGCCCAUACGCGGCUAUAUGAUUUUUAGGGCCAUUUGCUUCUUUGAUAAAUGAUAUUUGACGAAUGUAAUCAUCAUUGCCUUUCAUCGCAGUCGUCUUAGCUUACUUUUCACAAACGAGUGCGUAUAAAUGAACUUUCUUUGUACAAACGUGUUGCUACGCGCUCGAAACUAAUCGUUCGAUUUAAUAAAUGAAUGCUUUCUCGAAGCAAAUCUGAAUUAACCUAAUUAUCAUUGCUAUCUUCGUUAUUUCUUAUCAUACACGCUUGUGUGGCCUUAAUGAUGACCCAGACCUGGUCUCUACGCUUAAGCGGGAGUGAUGUUUGUUGAAUAGCUUAGAAAUGGACACCGCAUUUGCGGAAUAACCUACGCGAAAAGCCGAUGAAAAAAAAUUAUCUUCCGGGCAUUAUUUUCACUGGUUUACAGUGGAAUCACGAAUUGCGACACAUCGAAGAGGCAAGGGUUGUUCUCAUUCUUAACAGAUAAAACACAUGAUUUUCAUGCUGAAAGGUCGCACGUUGACGUUCGAGUACGUGAACUCGCUAGUUUGCGUGAUUACAAAGAUCUCGCUUUAAUAUCCAUCUUUUGAAGCCCGUAAUUGACAAACCGUAAGUCCAAUACCGGACAAAUUUAGCAGUUCGUUCGUCGGGGACUCGGUUAUAUUAGUCUUGGAUAUUGUACCUCGAAGUAAAUCAGGAUUUCAAGACUUCAGCUCGCUCGAAAAAUGAUAUCCUCGUUGACAACAAUGGCCCAGCAUGUGAUUGCAUAUUCCUCCUUUUUUUAUUAUUUCGACGUAAACAUCAACAGACUUGUUCGUUUAGCAUAGUACACCGGGAAAAUAAGUUCGAAAAGUACUUUUUUAGUAGGUCAAUUUAAAAGUCACCUGGUAAUUGAAUUUUUUUUAAAAGAGUUCCAAAAAAAUAACGAUAAUUUUAGUCAUGACUGAGAUUUUACACCUCCGCUGUGCUGAGUUGGUGUUUAGAUCUGUUUAGCCUCAGGCUUAGGGAUCAUAAAUCUAGGGUGAUGGAAAUUUUUUGUAUCACGUUUUUUCAUCAACAAUCCCACUUUAUUAUUGCUUCGAAUAAAAAUAUUUAGACUCGAGGUAAAGAGCACAAGAUAUCGAGCGUUGAGCAAAAACUUGGUAAUACACGUUUUAUCGCUAGAAUGCCGAAGCUUCAAUACUAAGGGUAAAGUUAUGCAUUUGCAACGCUAUUUAGAGCACUGAGUGCCGAGUAUUUUGUUAAAAAAUAUUCAAAUGCUUUUAAGAUCAUCAUUAAGGCACACAUCAGAUUUAUGCUUAAGUUGAUAAGAUUUCGGCUUUCGAUAUUUUUUUAACCUGGAGAUAACAAAGCAUGAAUGUUUGCGACAAGUUCUAGCUGUAUAGUUUUUCAAUCUUGACUGUGAUCAUAUAGAGGAAUGCGUUUCGGAAACGUUCCCUCUCCGCGAAAAUAUUAGGUAUACUUCUUUUACGUAUUAUUUUACUCAUUCCACGUUUUUUGAGAAACAAUGGGUAUGUGAAAGAAUAUUCCAUUUUUUCCGGUCUGCCUCUCGCUGCGGUUAAGACACAAAGCCACCGCUAGAAUAUUCAGUUAUUUGGGUUAAUAAAGUACGAAUAUAAAUUAAGGUCAACAUCUCUGUAUAAUUAUUUUAAAAAGCUCAAAAUUCAUCACGUCUGAGAAAACUUCUUUUGUUUUCUAGAACGAUCAAAUUUUACCACCAAUGGAAUUGUGGUUAAAAGUUAGUGGACUAGUGGCCCGGGGGGUUUCUCAACAAAGUGUUAAGUGGGGAGGCCCCACCCCGAGGUCCUACCCCCUGACUCAUUUCGCGGCAUACCUUCUGAAACCAGAAAUUUUUCUCAACUUUUUCACAGCAUUGAAAUGCACGUGUUAGCUACAAACCGAAAUUACAGAUUUUGCCACCCUUUAAUAAACCUGAAACCUUAAAAAGGUACGCCUUUUGGAUGGAGUCUCCCCAUAUCAAGAGCUCCUGCCCAUAUAUAAGACCAUUUUAGGGCGUACCCUCCCCCCCCCCCCGGACUGGUGUUGGCGUGGCACAAGUACAUGUUAGGCUUGUUAGCUAAGGUGCUGGUAGUGGGUGGAAAAGUCAUCUCUUGAGAAUUUCCGAUCACAAAGAGAUUGUUUUAUAAAAACUUCCUGAGGAGGCAGAGCUUGAACUAUUUAUGGAACAGGGAGAUAUUCUAUUUCAUCUUUGUGGCCAUUUGAUAUUUUUCAGUAUAACAUUUCAUGUACAAUGUACAUUUACACCUCUUCGCCGCCAUUUCACUUUUUUACUUUCAAUAAUCUCCAUAUGGCUAUCAGAUGCUUCUACAGUUAUGAUUUUCUAUUCUUCUACCUUUUCAUAAAGAAUACAGUAAGAUUUUCCAUUUUUAAAGCAACUUAUAAACACUAUUAAAUUUAAACUCGAACUAAUCUCUUUAAGAACCUUUACCCCCUCUCUGUAAUUAAGGGACCCUUUUAUGGUCAUCUUAUCCAUAGAUCUAUCAACAGCAUUUAUCAUUACAAAUAGAGAUCUAACGUCUAGUACCAGUGUAUAAGACCUCCUUUCUAUCAAGUUUUAGCACAAUACCCUAGGAUGCAUUAUUCAACUGGGUUAACAUAAACUAGACUGGUCAAAACCGUGACAUGAAGUUAUUUUCUGGGUGUGAAUAUGAUCUAACCUGGUGUUAAGUUACGUCGGCGUCCUACUGUCCAUAUUAUUCUCCAAAACCUUUCAACAACAUCUUUGUCAAAUAGUCAUUGAUUUGGUUCUGCAUGUGAUAUAUUAGUAAAUUGUGUCUUUGCUAUGGUACGUGUACCUUUGUCCUACCAUCCUGCUUACACUUGUCCAAAGCUAAAAAUCAACUGCAAAUUACAUUUUUCUAAAGGUCAAACUUACAGAUAACUUGUGAUAGGUUUGUUUUAUCAGCAAAGCAAAACAACUGCUCUCUAAAGAUUAACGAAUUGAUUUUGUUUUUUUCAUCAUUAAUUUCAGUCAUCAUCUAAUUUUAGCAUAAGGAUGUAAAAAUUAGGUGAGAUGCCUGUCGGCCUGCUUUUGCUGUAGAAAGAGCUGAGUGAAAAUUAGAGUGCAGGCAGACUCACUUGUGUAAGUUUGAGGAAAAUUUUGGUGAGAGCCACCAGCACUUGUACUUGCAGAGGAGAAAAAUGGGGUGAGAAUAUUUUCCCCAAAACUCAUACAAUGGCUGUGAGCUAAGUCAGAAUCAACAAAAGAAUGCUAACACAUUCAUUAAGAGCUAAAUUUUUUGGAUGAUUCUAUUCCUAAAAACUCUUAAAAUAACAUAAAUUCUCUACAUCUAUCAGAUUUUCUACAAAACUUGCAUUAUCUCUCUAAAACCAGGUCUUAAUUAAAAUAUGUAGUCCGCCAGACUGGCUCUGUACUGUAGCUGCACAUAUCUGAUUGCAUACAACUUAAUACUUUCAUUAAUUAAUAAUAUUGAUUAUUAAUUAAUGCAUGUUGACUUAAUGACACAAGGCGUGGUUCAAAAAUUGGAUUUCACAUGUGCCAAAUCUAAUGCAAAUAAGCAAGAACAUGAGACUAUUUUUUCUCAUUUGCAUAAUAUUUGCACAGGGUGAAAUCCAACAUUCAUCAGAACAACUGAAAAAAAUAUGUCAGAUCUAUUUUUUUGUUGUGGCAAUUACAUUGCAUGCUCUGUCAAUGCAUUACUUGAAUUUGGGAUUAUAGUUUGAGUUUGUUUACUCAAGGAUUAAAGAUAGUUUGGGAUGGAAGAGAUUAUCACACAGUACAAAUAACACAAAAUGUUUGCAUGAAGCUGAGAACAUUAGCAGGGGUCUUUUUAAAUAAUAUUAUACAUAUGGCUUGUUAGUGAAUAUUAAUUUUGAUAUAUCUCUCAUUUUCUGUACACUGAUCAAUAAGUGUAGUACAGUCCGGACAUGAUCAUGUAAGGUAAAUUAAGUCAUGUAUACACUGUAGAAGGCAGAGCUAAUUAGGAGACACCACCCUGGAUUAGUGCCGCCCAACAGUAUUCCCUGGUGUCUUCUAGGCCACACCUGUCAAGGGACACAGGGGCUCACAGUAAGUCAAGACAUGGGGAAAGAAAAGCAAGCAUGAGGAGAAUUUCUUUUUGCAUGUCUCAACUAACUGACAGCCCAUUCUAAGCUAACAUUAUUAAAGAAAAUUCUCAGAGAGCAUGGCCUCUAAACUAGACUAACUUAACUCUUUCACAAAAUUAUAUUUUUGUAAAAUUUUACAUCGUCAUUAUUUUUAUACUGAUUAACAAUGUGGAAUUCAUAGGGUGUGGGGGACCAGAGUAAUUGAACCUAAUAACUUACAUUGUAUGACACAGAGCACAUUGACCAUGCUUUCACAGUUUAUGCUUGCAGAAGCAUGAUGUCACCAAAAAGUCUCAUGAAUGAUUUAAGCAGAGAUAAGGUUUAUGUUUAGGAGAGAAUGAAAAUUCUCUCAACCAGCUUACAAUUAUAGAUAUAACCACUUAAUCUGUGAAAAUCCAAUUUGAACUGACUUAUGGUCUGAAAGAAGAAAGCUCUCGUAAGUGACCAAUUUUACGAUAAAUACCUGACGGGUCUUACAACUGUAUGCCUUUGUUUUUUAAAUUCCCAUAAUUGACCACUCAGUCAACACAUAAACUGAAUAAAAGCAUUUUUGUUGUUAUCAUAAUUAAGGGUAAUAGGUGUACUGAUGCAGCAAUAACAUAAGCAGCAAUGGUUCAUUGACUUUUUGGCAUGCAUGUGAACUUUCCACACAAAUAUUAAAAAAACCCUUUCCAAUACCAUAUUACAACACCAUCGGUAAUUGACCACUGUUUCACUGUAUGUCACUUACCUAUGUUUUGACUUUAAUAAUAUUCUGUUUCUGAAUGUUGCUAUUUGUGCUUAGAUGUACUAGUUUCUUAUAGAGGACACACUGAUUAUGUAAUCACAAUUCUAGACUACAUAUCCUUUAUUCCCGCCAAAUAGUCAAGCAAGCAGAAUAUGCCAAUGCAUGUGAAAAUCCCAGCUCACAUGGAACGUUAACUUCCUCACAGCUGGUGAUUUUGAUGCACAAUCUUAAAAUAAUAUUAGACAAGCUGAUUACAUACAUUGUAUUAAUCACUUCUAGACUGUGAGUUCAUGUCCUAUCCAAAGUGCAUAAUGGUUACACACUUCAUAUACCUUAAAUUUAUAAAUACCAAAAAUGCCAAAAAAAAAAAACAAAACAAUAAGAACACAUAGAAGGAGAAAGGAUGUUAGAAUUUAGGACAUGUGCCUUCAAUUAUGUUGAACAACAAAGUAAGGUGAGCACCACAAAGGUGCCGCUUAAUAUAGAUUUCAUGCAAAUGGUCACGCUUCAGGAUUUCAUCCUCAGACUCAAAUAUUACAAGCACCUUUUACACUUUCACAUGAACUUGUAGAAAUACAGUACACAGGGUGCAAAGAAAGUCAGUUUUACAGCCUGCCAUUUUGUCAAGCUGUAGCUAGCAUGUACUAGCCCACGAGUCAUUUCAACUAGCCACAAAAACCUUUUUUGAUUAGCAGAAUAUAUUGAUUACAAUCCUUCUGUAAUUUCAAUUUCCCCAAAAAAUUCACUUGCCUGUCGGGCAAGUUAAGAACAGAAUUCACUAGCCCGAAACCAAAAUCCAUUAGCCCUGGGCUAUAGGACAUGACUUUCUUUUCACGCUGAGUCUUUCUUUUCACGCUGAGUACAUCACCCUAGGUGGCAAUUUUCACACACACUUAUGCUUGCUCCACUAUUCACUAUUUUAACAUAAUCCAAAACACUCCAUUCUGAAAAUCACAGGAUUUGUUUGUGUUUACAUAUUAAUGUGAAAAUAAUGAUUAUUAUCAUAUGUCCAUCAUAUGAGGUAACCUAAGCUAGCUUGUUGUGACACACAGCUAACUACUAAACUACACGGCAUACUGUACACAUUUUAACAUCAAAUGUCAUGGAUGUGAGCUUGGGUACAACACUCUGUAGAUUGUUCCUGGGAUUUCUUUGUUGCUUGUAUUUCUCUGCUACAUUUGCUAAGAGUUCAGAAGGUUUUACUUUCCAAUCUUAUUUUAUACAAAUCUCACUUUUACUCCUUUAAUAGUGUUUAAGGGCACCCAACAAGAAUAUAUUUCAAAACCUCUUAAACAUAGCAUUGUUAAACAUAUUUUUUUCAUCUGUUCGGAUUUCCUAGCUGAAAGUCUAGUGAUCCGAAAAUUAUAGGGAUCAAAACUUACUUUUCGAAAAUUUCAACCAGAAAAAAGGCUCCCGAUAAUUCUAGGUGACCUUUUUAGGGUAAUAAUCCAUUAAACAUGGGCAAUUAUACCAUUAUUUAGAUGUUCGAAAAUCCUAGGGGAGGCAGGCAAGCAAGAAAUUUUACAACAAAUGUUCCGAAAAUUGUAGAUUUCAAAUCGUCAUCCGAACAGAUAUUUUCCGAAAAUUGACAAUGGGUGUCCCUGACUGUUACUGAAAUACAUGUACUUAUUGUUAUUUACUCAAGUACUUGAGUUUUUUGGCGGCACAACUCAGUAUACAUACAUGUAUUUCGGGCAUGUUAUUAAAUUUAUCCUGUAAGAGGUCUGAUCUCCUAACAAUCCUGUAUUGUCACAUGGAAAUGCUGAAUUAUAGUCAGCUCUAUAACACUCGUGAAUAGAUCUGUUGGGUAAAUAAGCAAUAGUUGGUUACAGCUGCAGUACAAAUUACUCAUUAUAUUUCAUAGGUUUUCAGUUCAACUGAGUUGUAUGUAGUUUGCAGAUUGUAGAGAUCAAAACAAAUUAUACAAAGAUUUGAAUGUCACUAGCACAGAGCACCAACCGACUGUGUUGUGCAACAUAUCUGUUCACAGGAGCAAAUAUUGCCUAGAGAUUUCUAUAGCUAGCAGGUAGCUUAAAAUAUCUAGAUGACCAUUCCGUUCAUGAACGAUUUUUGAAGCUGAUCUUAUAAAUUUCCUACCAUUUUUUGAACUUCACGUUUCCCUUCCCAUGGAGCUAUAAUUUGUAGAAAAAGGAAACUAAAAUUUUCGGAUUUCGAUAAUGUGAUGGGGAGAGUAAUCAGAAAAAUUCUCACCGUCAUAAAGCUUUAGAUUGUACAUCCUUCUUAAAAUUUCAAGAAAAUGUUCCUGAAGCCCUUGUAAUUUUGAAAAGGCUCAAGUUGCCGUAGGAUCACCAAACAGAUACUUAUAGUGUGGCUUAGAAGGCAUUUUUAGAAAUCUAAAAUUACUUUGGAUAGCCUAAAAUUGGUUGUACGAAACCAUCAUUGGAUACCCCUGAAAUAGCCCUCCUACAUCCUGCUGAUGAAAAUGCCAACGAUUUUUUUAUUGAUUCUUUGUCUCCACAGCUCCAACAGCCACUCUUACAUCGGCGACAAAUGCCGGUGUUGAGAGAAACACCGCACAGUUCGUAUGUAAAGUUACUGGAACACCCACACCUAACAUUACAUGGUACAAGGAUAGCAAGCGUCUUGGCGACAGAAGACACUAUUUUUAUGUCAAGUAUCCAAUCUCGAAUGGGAAGGGUGAACUAUUGCGUUUUCUAACUCUCCGGUCUUCAAGGCAUCAAGGAAAUUACUCCUGCAGGGCCACAAAUGCGAUAGGCUCUUCGACUUCAAAACAAGCUUUUUUACAAGUUUAUAGAAGAAGAGGAGGUAAGUCAAGUGGAAGUGGAUUUUAAUUCAAAUAAUUAUAAAAGUAACUAUGGAAAAUAGUUGUUUAUUAGUUACGUUCACGCGAAGUUCGUUUUGUGCUGUACAUCCCUCAAAGAAAAGUAUGCCGAGCCUAUUCCUUCAAGUUCAGAAUUUUUUUUGUUUUUAAGUUAAACAGUUCGUCAAAAACAGUUGACUGGUCCAUGGACUGGUGUCAAUGUUUUGUUGACCUGUGAUCAGGCGUUUGCGAAGAGAGAGACAUAAAAAAGAAUCGACGCUAAAUGUUCUGUAUUCCACUGGAAAAAAAUCCCACUGGAUUUUAGGCAUUUUCAUGCAAGUGUAAAAAAUGUUUUUGUACUGUGAGCACUUACCUGUUAUUUUAAAAUUGCCUAGUCUUCAAGAAAGAUCAAGCAAAUGUGGCCUGAAAACUUCCUUGGCCAAGAGUUCGUUUUCGUUGUUCUAUGAAAAUGGCAGUUUCUUGAAAUACCGCUGAUCGUUUUCUUGUGGCGUUCGUGCGCUGAGCACACACAAGCAAUUUAGGAGACCACGUAUUAAAAAUAAAGAGCAAUUGCCGAUUUACAAGCCACUGCGAAGAAUUUUAACUUUUGGUCGGUUCCGACAAAUAAACUGUAGAUACUACUUGUUUAUUUCUAAUCUGUAACAGUUACCUUUUUAAUCUAAUCCAAUAGCAACCAAAGAAUUCACUUCUUUUACAGACAUUAUUUUUUCGCAUUGUUUGUCGUUUAUAUCUCCAUUCUCUGUUUCGUCACUUUUCCACAGACGGUAUGUAAGUUGCUUUCUGCAGGUUCAUUGUAGCUAUAGUGGUCUUAAAACUGCCUCAACUUGAUUUUUUCUUUCCUUGCUUGCAUUUCUCAGACUUUUGGAUUUUCUUAAUGUUUUUUUCUAUCUGCUUAAGUUUACGUUAUAAGCGGAUUUUUAUUUGAUGAUAUAUGAUACAGAAAAACUUUUUCUCGACCAUUCUAGGGAGUAAGUGUUUUACCUGUUGCAUGUUGCCUCCUUACGUGUCGAAUGAUGGGAAAAAAACGCCAGGUUUUUGUUAAAACCAUCACACGUUUUAGUCCAUUUUAAGAUAAGAUGAGCGCCCGAUUAAAUGAUGCUAUCUGAAGCCUGCUUUCUCCUAUUUUUUCAAAAACAAACAGUUUUGUUUUAGCUGUUUGCUUUUCCAGCCUACCAAGUUGGUAUCAAUUUAAGUACACAUCCAGAGUUCAAAAUAAUAAUACUAAAAAAACGAGAAAGAGAAACGAACGAACUAACCAAUAAAAAGAAAUUAUACAAUUCUACAUGCGGCUUGCUGCUCGUUUCGAUGCGUGAGGUGUUGCUUGUUAUCAGAGCGAAGAAAGUUACAUUAAAUACAGGAUCAAUUUCCUCAAACACAAUUCACCGUGUGCCUAACAGGAAACUGAUAAGUGCAGUCUUGUUUAAAGUUUGUUUGGUUUUAGUACAAAUAUUUGUGAAGACUGCACCGAUUGUUCCAUUGUUUCUGCUGUGGAGUGUUUUCGACCCCUAAAGAUUAAAGGUUAUUUUAGCGAUACUGCAAAGUAAGCAAAGAAGACAGUUCUUAGACUUUGCAUUUCAUUAAUUGUUUGUCAUAGUAAGAGAGAUGUGAUUUUUAAUGAGUGGUGGGCAUAGUAAAAUCAACAGAAAUGCACGCACCUUCGUAAGUGCAAGACCAGCUUAGGAGGCAUAAGUUCACCCCUUUAUUUAACCCUUUACGCUAAUAUGAAAAUUAGAGAAAGACGUCUUCAAUUUCCUGUUAUAAAAACGAACAGCAAAGUGCAAACGUACUGCUCGAGGGGUUUUGUUUGAAUGGUAGCACCAUAGGACUUCAUCCACAGAAUCAAAACUUGCAAAAAUAAUUUUUCCCUCCACGCUGAAAUUUAGUUACACAGCUUAGAGGAGGUGUUUUUUUCCAGACGUAGUUUUUAAAGUGAAGUCGUUCGCGUUGCUGACAUUCGCGUAUCCGUUGUCUUACUUGCGUUCCCGUCUCGGGUAAACUUCAGUGGAAGUGUUCUUUAUGACAUUUUCUGAGUGCGUUAUUGCUAAAUUUCUUUUCAUCCAGUAUUUAUUUUGUUUCUUAGCCACCAUGGACCACACUUUUCUCUUAAUCUUUUGAGCCUCAUUUCAGACAAAUAUUGUUUGCAGAAAGUCCACCUCCCAAGAGAUAAGCUUCACUGUAUUGUGAAACUCUUACAAAUUCUGCUCUGUGAUUUGUUUUACCCCUUCUGGCAUGACACAUCCACAUUAAAAACUUACUAUAAGAAAAUCUGUCAUUAGAAUUUUCGAGUCUGUGGAUUAAUUGCAAUAGCUUCUCUCGUGAAACUUCUUCCGGCAGAACUUGCGGCUAUCUAUUUCCAGCUCAGGGGCACCCAACGAGAAUAAGGUUCAAAACAACUUAAACAUAGGAUUGUUAAACGUAUUUUAGUACUUAAACGAUAGAUAUAGGCAUAUUUUUAUCCCCUAAAAAUGUUUCAUCUGUUUGGAUUUCCUAGCUGAAAGGCUUGUGAUCCGAAAAUCAUAGGGAUCAAAACUUACCUUUUCGAAAUUUUCACCCAGAAAAAAGGCUAUCGAAAAUUCUAGGUGACCUUUUCAGGGUAAAAAUCCAUUAAAAAGGGCAGUUAUACCAGGAUUUAGAUGUUCGAAAAUCCUAGGAGAGGCAAGCAAAUUGCAAGCAAGAAAUUUUACAACAAAUGUUCCGAAAAUUCUAGAUCUCAAAUCGUCUUCCGAACAGAUAUUUUCCGAAAAUUGACGUUGGGUGCCCCUGCCAGCUGGGAUACAUGUAUAACAAAAAGCACUUUUUAUGGAAUGUUUUGAUAUCAAAUAUUGGAUUCGUUUGCCUCGUUUUUUGCUGUCUUUGAGCAAAAAAACGAUAAAAAAAUUCCAGCGGAUAAAUGCGACAAUCAGUGCUGUAAAUGAAUACACCCAAAACACUCUAACGCUCUCCGGGGUACUCUGGCGGUGGGGCGAAAAAUGGGGAGUGCCAUAGCGCCCUAGAGAGCUUGAAAGCUGCUGCAUUUGAUUAAACGCAGUUCAAUUUGUAAUUAUAAAGAAUCCAAAAAGCCUUGUUCUCAUUAUUAUCUCAUUCCGUUAGCACCCUGGUGCGUUUGUUCACAGAUAUGCGCGCAUAACACGUGCUUCACGUGCUAUCAGCACAUGCUUCACCUGCUAUCCACCAGGCAGCACAUGCUUUGCAUCAGGCGUUGCUUCAGCUUGUAAUAAACGUGCUGUGGCAUCGAUUGAUGCACCUGCUGCACGUGCCGUGAUGUAAAAGAAAUGUAGCUUGUGCCAGGCUCUAAGAUACAACAACAACCUCACAUACAUAUUUGUAAGAUAGUGCUGACCAAUGUGCUGACCCGUAAAGUAGCACAGAUAGAAAAUUUAUAUUAUUUACAUAAAUAUAUACUAAAGUUAACAGAGGGUUGAAAACGAAAAAAAACUAAGAAAAAAAUAUGAUUUUAUGAGAAACGAAAUAGAUAUAACGCAGAGUUCAAAGCUGUUUAAAUCUAGCGGUAAUAGUAAGCGUGUCAACAUAACCAUCCUCAAACAAUAGAAUAUCUAAAAGUUGUCGAUGAAGUGCCCCCUUAACUUUAUGUUUUGAUAAUGAAAGAAUAUUAAAAGCAAUAAAAUUCUACGCCUUACAAGCAAGAGAAAAUAGGACGCGCGCAAUCUGGAAAAGCGGGCUUGGGUUUCGCGAGCAGUAACUUCACAUAGAAAAAGAAGAGACUGCUCGCAGUCUAUAGAUAGGAGAGCGAUUGGAACGCGCGAGUCGCGCGCCGGAAUCAUCUUUCGUGAGGGGACGCCUCGGGGAAGGGGGAGGUGGGCAAUAUACCGCGCGCUCGUGUUUUCUUUGUGGAGGUUUCUACCUACGAUGUGAAGCUAACAUUACAACAUCAUAUGAAAAUUAACAGCUACACUAUACUUUACCUCGUAAAUAGUACUGCGUACCCUUUGGGGGUAGCGGAAAAGGUUAGCCGCGCACGGGACGGCCGAGCAUAAGAUACAUUUUUCACGAUUUUUGGUUGUGAAUCUAUUACCGUUCAGAAUUCGUCCAAGGUUAACAUUUUGACCUUUUUUUUGCAGCGUCCUCAAAUGUGCCGGAAGGAUUUCCAAAAGUAAAACGACAUCCAUCUCGUCAAGUAAAAUAUAUUGGAGGGACGGCGGUGUUCAAUUGUACUGCGGAAGGUGAUCCUGAACCUGCUAUUACAUGGUUACGGGGAUAUGUCCCUCUGAAUUCCUCAGAUCCUAGAUACACAUCACCAAGUAAUGGAGUACUGGAGAUAAGUGAUCUUAAGUUGGAGGACACGGGGAAAAUCCAGUGUAUAGCUACAAACAGACUAGGAUGGUACUACUCUCGGAAGACCGAUCUAGUUGUCGAAGGUUUGUGUCGAUUCAUUAGGGUGGUUUAG